UCUCUUUCCCAAAACCAGUCAUCCUUAAUUUGCUGAAAGAGAUCAUCUCAGAGAGGCAGAGAGAGAAGGAUCGAGCAGUUUCUUCCCCUUCAACAUACUAUAAUCAUUUACAACCUCUCUCUCUGUCUCUCUCUCUCUCUCUCUCUCUAUCUGUCAAACAUGAGCAAUCCCACCACCAACCUCAACCUCAUGUUAAUUCUCAAACUCUUCCUGAUCACUUUGCCCACCAAAGGAGGAGUGUCGGCCGACGUCGAACUGCACCCGGUCAUGGAGUACUACACGACGGCCACCCCGAUCCAGCAUCGACAAGCGGCGGCGGCGGCCCGCGAGCUGACGCCGUUCCAGCUCUGCCUGGAUUGCCGGUGCUGCGCCGCCAACAACGCCAGCAACUGCUCCACCAUGCCCUGCUGCUUCGGCAUCGAUUGCAAUCUCCCCGACAAGCCCUUCGGCGUCUGCGCCUUCGUGCCCAAGACCUGCAACUGCACCUCCUGCCAGUGACUGCUCCCGCAUGGCCGUGCAAGGUAGACACACAAAACUCAAACAGUGGUUGAUACUGGAUAUGAAGUUAGAUUUAGAAUAUAAAUGGUUUGAUUUGGAGUACUUCUUCUUCUUCUUCUUCUUGUUGUUGUUGUAUUACUUCUUUGAAUCUAUUUGCUGUUAUUACCAUUGGCUUGUUUUCACUUUGUUUUGGUUGGCAAGUGAAUCACGAGGAAAGUGUCUAUAGCUGCUUGCUUGAGAUUCUUGUCCUAUGGAGCAAUUAUUCAGUCUGAGACCCGUACUUCAUGUGCUGUCCAUUGUUACAUGAUUUAGAAAAAGAGAGAGAGAGAGAGAGAGAGAGAUUCUUCUGUAAAACCUUAGUUCUACUCUUUUAUAUAUAUCUUGAGAUUUCAGCUCA